UAUGAUAGUUUCUAUAAUGGUUGCCAUAAAAUAUUAUGAUGAUGAAUAUUAUAAGAAUGAAUAUUAUGCAAAAGUUGGAGGAUUAUCAUUAAAAGAGAUAAAUGAAUUAGAAAUGGAAUUCUUGAGUAUGUUGAAUUAUGAAUUAUUCAUCUAAAAAGAAGUAUUUGAAGUUUAUGAAGAGAGAUUAAAAUAAUAUGAAGUCAUAGAGAUCUGAUGUAUUUGAGAUUUAAUUGAUGAUUAUACUGUUUAUGAUUAGUUUG